AUGCACAUACGACGAAUGCAAGCUUGAGAUACUACUACUAGGAUAGGCGAAGAGAGGUUUCCCGCGGACAUCCAGUGCGUUCCCGCCGGAGGUCGACCACAUCAAGAACCCAUGCUCCCCAUCUCCCGGCGGGCGCUCACAGUCUCCAUAUAACAAGCAGCCCGUAAAGUAUAGUGUCACUACUUCUGACGUCUCUGCUCAGCUCGUCUGGGCUUUACUAGACACUCACAUGGCGCUCUUCCAUUCCAAGAUCUCGCUGCAUGUACCGCCGCCCGACGAUAUCUCGCUGCCGCAGUUCAUGCUCGAUGGAGCGGCGCAUCCGAAUCGACCGAGGAGGCCCGAGGGAACGCCAUGGCUGAUAGACGAGGAGACGGGGAAGGAAGUCUCAGAGGCCGAGGUCAUCUCUCGAACGGAUGCAUUCGCUAGAGCUAUGCACGCCAUCUGGGGUAUAGGAAACAACGACGUUGUUGCACUGUAUAUCCCGAACCACAUCGACUAUCCGAUAUCCAUCUGGGGUGCCCAUCGUCUCGGUGCUAUUGCAGCGAUGACCAGCCCCGCUCUUACCGUGCCCGAGCUUAUUUACCAGCUCGAGAUUGCGAGGCCGCGCCUCCUGCUAGCACACAUCGACAACCUCGCUAACGCGCUUGAGGCUGCCGACAAGAUCGGGUUGCCGCACGACCACGUGAUCGUGUUCGACGCGCACAAGGCUGAGGCUCGAGGUCGGCUUCCUGACGGAGUGAGGUCAGUGGAAGAGGUCAUCCAGAGUGGCGUAGGAAUACCCAAGUACCCUGAGUGCCGACUGAAGAAGGGUGAGGCGAAGACGAAGAUCGCCGUGCUGUGUUAUUCGAGCGGGACGACGGGCAAGCCGAAGGCCGUUGCGGUCUCACAUUAUAACCUGGUCUGUAACAUCCUGCAGAACGCCGCGACGUGGAGACUCAACGAGGACUACGCACCGACGGAGGAGAUACGGUUCGUGCCGGGGGACCGUUGUGCGGCUGUACUUCCUCUCUAUCAUAUAUAUGGCCUAUCAGCCAAUCUGCAUAUCACGCUGUUCGGUGGGAUGUCGGUCAUUAUAAUCCAGAAGUACAAUCACGAGAACCUGCUCCGGAGCAUCGAGCGCUACCGCAUCACUCACCUCUUUCUGGUUCCUCCGCAAGUUGUCGUCUUCUGUAAGCAUCCCUCAACGCGAAAACACGACCUCUCGCACGUUCGAUGUUGCAUGGUCGCUGCCGCUCCUCUUACAGCAGAGCUUACGUCGCAACUUCUCGAGAUCAUGCCACAGGUCCAUCUCGGCCAGGCAUAUGGGAUGACGGAGACAACCUCUGCAGUCAGCACAUGGCCCAUCUCUCAGAAGGUGGGCACGCCCGGGAGCAGUGGGCACCUCAUUGCAGGGACGACUGCGAAGGUGGUCAAGCCGGACGGGACGCUCGCGCGCGUCGGUGAGCCAGGAGAACUUUGGGUCAAGGGUGGGCAAGUCACGCUUGGGUACUAUCGCAAUCCUGCAGCGACAAGGGAAGCGUUCACAGAGGACGGGUGGAUCCGUACGGGCGACGAGGUGGUGAUCCACGAGAACGGCGAUCUGUUCGUGACUGACCGAAUCAAGGAGCUCAUCAAGGUGCGGGGACACCAAGUCGCCCCCGCUGAAUUGGAGGGCCACCUCCUUGCACACCCUGCCGUCGCGGACGCGGGCGUCGUCGGUGUGCCAGACGACUUCUCCGGCGAGACACCGUUCGCUUUCAUCGUCCUCCAUCCCUCCUCACAGGCAAGCGUCUCGGUGGACCUGGAUGCCGCGCGCGAUAUGCGAGAAAGUAUCUAUCAGCAUGUCGCGAAAGUCAAGUCCCGCGAGAAGUGGCUUGGAGGUGGGGUAGAGUUCGUGGACACCAUCCCGAAGAAUGCGAGUGGAAAGAUCCUGCGGAGGGUGCUGAGGGAGCGGGCGAGAACAUUGCCUAGGCGGAUAGACUUCAUGGGCAAGAUCAAGCUCUAGCUCUGGUGCCUCGAGUGGUCAGGCUAUCUGGUGGUUUCGAGUCCAAUAUUGUUGGACAGGUCAGUGCGGACAUUGAUCUCGUUGAUAGGAGGAGGAGGGAAUGGGUGCCGUAUCGAUGGCGUGUCGGUACUAAUCUUUCAUGAAUGUAACAAUGCUCGUUAGUUGAAGCCCGAAGACCUGAAGUACUAUGUAAAUGGCCCGUCACAACGGAAAAAACAUCGAAGUUUGUUUGUUUGUUUGUUCGUUCCCUUUAUUGUCACUGAGGGCGGAGCCCUAUGUAGACAUACUCUGUACAUAGUUCAGUCCGUAGUCCGUCAAUCGAAU